CGAGAGUUUACCACCGUCUGGUAGGCAACGGACGCCUUUCUUGACAGAAGAUAAUCUUGAAAUUGACGAAGAUGAUAUUUUCGCAAAUGAAAUUGCAAAACUUUUUGUGGAAAGAUGUUGUGUUUUUUAUAACAACGCUAGAGAAGUUAGCAAACUGAAUGUUUCCGAUCUACCAGAACAUGUACAUAAUAUUUCUUUAAAGGAACUGGAAGAAGAAGUUCAGAAAAUUCCAUACGGUCUUGUGAAAGCCUUUGAAGUUUCUCAAACAAAGCUAAACAUGCACAAAAAUAGGUACAGAGGAAUCUACCCGUAUGAUGAUGCGAGAGUUUUAAUGCGCGGCGGAGAAACAGACUACAUUAAUGCAAGCUAUAUAGACAACGCCAAAUGCGAGCAAUAUUGGCCUCAUCAUAAUCAACGUAUACUAUACGGCGAUAUAGAAGUUGUGUGCAAGGUUGACAAAUUGUACGCAGACUUCAUUUGGAGACAUUUUACACUUUCGAAGAAUUCCGAAGAAAGAAUUCUCCAUCAUCUUCAGUUCACAAGCUGGCCAGCCAAAGACGUCCCUGAUAAUGUUACAGCAUUAAUAGAGUUAAGACAGAGGGUGAACGACUUGCCUAGUAGCUUUAACGGACCAGUGAUUGUGCAUUGCAGUGCUGGUGUAGGUAGAACGGGAAUCUACAUAGCUCUGGAUAUUCUGACUAACGAGGGUGAGGCAGAAGGAGCAAUAGAUAUCCCGGGGUGUGUUUUCAACAUGCGACAGAACAGACCCAACAUGAUUCAGACUUUGAAACUGCAAUUGAACCAAGAGCAAAAGUCGGAUAAGGAACUACAGGCUAUGGAAAGAAAUCGGCUUCUGACAAUCAAAAACAGGAAACUCGCGGAUAUACCAGGUGAUUUAUAUAGACCACGUCUGUACCUGUUUUUGAAACCAGGCGAAUCUGAUUACAUCAAUGCAAUAUACAUCAACAGUUUUAAAACGAAAAAUCGCUUCUUGGUUGCGCAAACACCUCUGCCUGACACCGUUUCUGAUUUUAUCACACUUGCUGUUCAAGAAAACUGUUCAUGUAUCGUUAGUAUGGAGGCAUACUUGGAAAAGCAUGAGGGGAUUGGCUUGUACUUUCCUUGUGACAAUCAAACAAUGAAGAAGGGUAUGGUUUCCGUACGAUCCUCCACAGCUCAAAGAGCAGUUUUACUUCUGCCACGAGUGUGUUCUCCAUUCAUUGAACUCAACUGA